AUGAAUAACGAGCAGUUUCGUCGGCUAAUAGCCGAGCAGUCAUCAUCAAAACCUACAGGCCAGAGCCCAGCGCCUCGUCGCGAUGCAUCGCUUGGCGGCGCAACCCCGGGCGGGUCCCUGGGAUCGCGAAUGCGAUCCAGUAUUCCCAUGACUCCACGCUCAGUCACUGGUGUGAACUUCGCCCGCCAGCUUUCCGAGCAACGUCACGAGGGAAACCGACCUUCCAAGCGAUUCAAGUCUUCCGCUGCACCCAAGGGUACCUCACUACCGACUGGCUAUCAGGAUCGUGCACAACUGCGCAAUGCAGAGGACGAGAGCAGUACAGGCCUAGAGGCGCGCAUCAAAGCACUUGAGGAUAUGGUGAAGUUGGGACAAAUCGACCAGGCUACAUUUGACAAACUCCGCCGAGAACUCGGAGUGGGAGGUGAUAUUGAAAGCACACACAUGGUUAAGGGACUGGAUAUGGAUUUGUUACGAAGGGUUAGAGCUGGCGAGGAUGUGUCGAAAGCGGCCGAAAAACCUGCGGCGCCCGCCGAAAAAGAAGACGUAGAUGAGGAACUCGAGCGUCUUGUGGAACAUAAAGGACUCGAGGAGCUUGCUACUGCACCCAAGGAAAAGAAGGAAAAGAAGAAGGGCACUAUGGCACCACCACCUGCUAGGCCCAAGACCCGCGAUGAAAUCCUACGGGAAUUGAAGGCAAGCCGGGCUGCUGCCGCCGCGCCUCCUCCGCCGCCUGAGUCUGUACUUGGCUCAAAAUUCAAGAAGCUGGGCGAUGGAAAGCCUGAGAAGAAGCGGUUUGUUGAAUGUGACGAGACUGGCCGUCGACGCGAAGUGCUCCUCAUCACUGAUGCGCAAGGAAACACGAAGAGGAAGACUAGGUGGCUUGAUAAGCCGAUUGAAGCGCCUGUGCCUCCUGCGAGUGACCUUAUGAUGCCCGAUAAAAGUCUCACGCCCCUCGGUAUGGAAGUCCCAGCUGAUAUUGCUGCCCGUGCUGCUAAGCAAGCGGCACCCGAGGAUGAGGAUGACGACAUCUUUGCCGGUGUCGGUGAUGAUUACAAUCCUCUCGCUGGACUCGAAGACGAGUCAUCGUCUGAUGAAGAUGGCGAAGCGGCAGAUCCGGCUACUCGCAAACCUGAGAAGGCUCCUGUCAGCGAAGAGGGAAAGAAGCCUGUCACCUCUGAAACAGCACCUGUGAGACCCAAGAACUACUUUGCGACUGGGACCUCGGCCGCAGCACAUGAAGAGCCUGUCGACCGAUCCAAUCCCCUCACCAAAGACCCGACCAUUCUCGCUGCCCUCAAACGAGCCGCAGCCCUCCGACAGAGCUCUCCCUCUGCAGAGGGCGAAGCAGACCAGUCUUCCGAUACAGCCGUUCGUCACAAGCGCUUUAUUGAAGAGGCACGCCGCCAAGAGGCCAUGGAUGCCGCAGAUAUGGAUAUGGGAUUCGGAGGAAGCCGCAACGAAGACGGAGAGGAGGAGGACGAUGGUCCUCUGCUCGACUUUGACAAUGACGAGCGAGGCGGGAAAAAGAGAAAGCGUGGUCCUAAGAAAAGGAAGGGUAACAAAUAG